GAUGAAUGUAUUAGAUCCUUGAAACCUGUUCAGUUUUUUCUAGGCCAAGUAUACUUCUGAGCUUUUUAAGAACUAAUUGUCCCCAAGGUAUGGGUGUGGAAGAUGAAAUGAAGAAAGCGUCCUGCUCCUGUUCAUCCAUAUGUUUUGAAUAUCCUCAGUCAAGUAUGACGCGUCCAUUAAACAAAAGAAGAGGUUUGAUAGAAAAUAUAGGACUUUGUGAGAAGAUAAUGGCUGAAAUGAUGCUGAAAGAAAAAGGAGAGGCCUUUCCCGAAAAAGAUUAUAGUGAUCAAAAGAGAAAAUCUACAGAAACUUGUGUUUUUAAAGCACAUCAAAAUACGAAAACUAGUAUUUCACCGUUGUCUGUUCAGAAGUAGGUUUUGUUCACUGAAAUAUGAAGCUUUUUACUAUAGGAAAUACGACUCAAGAAAAACUCACGUAAGUGUUGUUUAUUUCGAUCCUUCAUAGAGACUAAUAGUUACCUCAAAAUUUCAACCUUUUUAAAAAGACGUUAAGAUUUUGACCGAAUUUCAUAAUAAAUUCUGUGCAGAGUUCUGCCAGAAACCUCGUUAUUUUUCAUGGUCUGGACUUUUUCUGUGCAAUGAAAAGAUUUCGGGAAAUCUUAAGUAUUGAGA